AUGGGCCUUGAACUAAGGUUUGAGAAUGUCUGUCUUCGCAAGCCCAAGUCAGCCGAGUUCAUUUUGUCCUCUAUCAACGGAAAGGUGAAAGCAAGCAGCCUCACUGGUAUUAUGGGGCAAUCUGGGUCUGGGAAGACAACGCUUGUCAAUAUACUGGCCGGGAAGAUCCAGGCGACCUCAGGGUCUUUGUUCUUAAACAACGUCGAGAAGAAGUUGACCGAGCAUAACUUUCCAGCACUGGUAGGCUUCGUCUCACAAGAUGAUAUCGUGCACCCGCACCUCACCGUAUUUGAGAACAUCCUUCAUUCGGCUCGCAUCCGACUCGGCCGCGCAUUAAAUGACCAAGUAAUUCAAAAACAUGUUCAUGCAGUGGUUGACGGUCUAGGCCUCAGGAAAGUCAAACACAGCGUUGUUGGUUCCCAACAGCGGCGUAUUAUCUCUGGAGGCGAAUGCAAGAGAGUCAGCAUCGCUCUGGAGCUGGUUGCUGCACCACAAGUCUUGAUCCUGGAUGAACCGACGUCUGGGCUGGAUGCUCAAGCAGCUCUCUCGAUCAUGGCUUUGCUGAGUUCGCUUUCGCGCCAGGGAGUCACGGUUAUCUGCGUCAUCCAUCAGCCCCGUGUUGAGAUCUUUGACGCGCUAGAUUAUCUACUACUCCUUGAUCAGGGGAGAAGUGUAUACACUGGCCGAGCGUCCGAGGCCAAACAGUACUUCCAGGCGCAGGGUUAUGUAUUCGAUACAGGGCUGAACCCCGCCGAUCUGAUCAUGGAUAUCAUUUCCGGCAAGCUCCAGCCAACGAGCCUCGAUGCAACGGAUUCCAAGCGUCAAGAGUUACUGUCAGGAGACACGCUCGAAACUGUACCCUCGUCGCUCUAUCCUAACAGGCGACCAUUGUUCAACGAACUGGAGACAAGAUACAAGAGAAGGAUUGCCUCCUGGCACAGGCAAGUAUACCUCUGCGUUGUCCGUGACCUCAUCCAGCAAAGCCGGCAGGUCGCCAUGUUCGUGACGGAAAUCAUGGGCGGAAUCCUUACAGGAUUGCUUAUUGGACUGGCCAUGUACGAGCUUCAUGGCCAAGUAUUCCAGGGCAUGUUUCUGGCCCCAUUCGAAGUUCUGUCCAGCGCUAUUAACUACAGGCUUAUUACCCAGCUGGGGCUCCUAGGCUGCCUCGCCAUAACCUUCGCUGCGGCUGCACCAAGUGUUGGUAUAUUUGGAGAGGAGAUUCUCGUCUUCAAACGUGAAUCGCAUUCAGGCCAUUCAGAGGGCGCCUAUUUCGUUGGUAAAGUUCUCUCGAGUUUCCCACGAAGCUUUAUUGCGGCUUUCCAUUACACGACGUUUUAUGCGGUCCUAGCAACCCCAUUUGCCUCGUUCAAUAAGUUGCUAGUCCUCAACUUCCUCUACUUCUACUGCAUUUACGGAAUCGGGGCCAUUGUAGCCGCCGUAUCCAAUCGUGAGAAUGGUCCCUUGGUCUGUCUCUUGGCGACGAUCGUUAUUGCGGUAUUCGGGGGCUCGGAACCUCGUUUGCCAACGGUCAAGGGGUGGCGUCUCGAAUGGCUCUGGUACAUGAGCCCCGGUAUGUGGUACUCGGAGGCCUUUGUCAACGAGCAUGUCACACCGUUCGCAUAUCUGUACAACUUGGACACGGCUUCACUGGAGACAGGGUAUACGUUUUAUCGCACUGGAUUUGAUAUCGGUUUGAUGAUUAUCAUUGGCUUGGUGUGUCGAAGCAUUGGCUGCUGCUUGAUGGUUAUCAGGGCAAGGACUAGCUGGUGGUAG